ACCGGAGCGCUCGGGAGAACUGGCCAACCUCCAGCCCUCACCCACGGCUGCCCUUAUCACUUUAAGAGCCGGAGUGUAUUUGGAAGGGCCGAAGCCAAGUCCCCACCGAGGUGUCGCGAGAAGCGCCCCAGCGGCUACUUCUCGCGAUGUUUGGAGGCGCGAAAGGCGGCCAUUUUGGGGUCCCCCCCGCUGGUUGUUCCGGCGCUGUCUCCCAGGCUGCGGCUGGGACCAAGGCUGGCCCCGCAGGAGGCCGGCCGGCCGACACUAUGUGGCGGCUCCGCUGCAAGGCCAAGGGUGGCACCCACGUUUUGCAGGGUCUUUCCAACCGGACCCGCUUACGGGAACUGCAGGGCCAAAUCGCCGCUAUCACCGGCAUCGCUCCUGGCAGUCAGCGAAUCCUCGUCGGCUACCCACCAGAGUGCCUGGAUCUCAGCGACCGGGACAUCACUCUCGGGGACCUGCCCAUCCAGUCAGGUGACAUGCUGAUUGUUGAAGAAGACCAAACCAGACCAAAAGCUUCACCUGCGUUUUCAAAACAUGGUGCUCCUAGUUAUGUCAGGGAAACUCUGCCUGUGCUUACCAGAACCGCAGUCCCAGCAGACAACUCUUGCCUCUUUACCAGUGUGUACUAUGUAGUUGAAGGAGGAGUCUUGAAUCCAGCUUGUGCCCCUGAGAUGAGACGCCUCAUAGCACAAAUUGUAGCCAGUGAUCCAGACUUGUAUAGUGAGGCAAUACUGGGAAAGACAAACGAAGAGUACUGUGAUUGGAUCAGAAGGGAUGAUACUUGGGGGGGAGCAAUUGAGAUAUCAAUCCUGUCCAAGUUUUAUCAAUGUGAAAUAUGUGUAGUAGAUACACAGACAGUCAGAAUUGAUCGUUUUGGGGAAGAUGCAGGCUAUACCAAAAGGGUUCUACUCAUCUACGAUGGCAUUCACUACGAUCCGCUUCAGCGAAACUUCCCUGAUCCGGAUACCCCUCCUCUGACCAUUUUCUCCUCAAAUGAUGAUAUUGUUCUCGUACAAGCACUGGAAUUAGCUGAUGAAGCUAGAAGAAAGAGACAGUUCACUGAUGUAAACCGCUUCACCCUGAGAUGCAUGCUGUGUCAGAAGGGCCUAACCGGACAAGCUGAAGCAAGGGACCAUGCCAGGGAGACAGGCCAUACCAACUUUGGAGAGGUGUGAUCUGUUCCGGAGAAUUGGAGCCUACUACCUCACAGAUCCAGAAGGCUCUGGGUUUUCCAAUAAGCUAUUCAUAACCCUACAGAAUAGAACACAAUGCUUGGACCAUCCUUUUAUCUUAAACCAGUAUGACUGACACUGAAAUUCCUUGUUAAGAUUAAAAUCAGUGUGCAAGUUUACAGAUGUGUGUCUACACUAGUGGCAUGCCCUCUUUCUACCGGGGUGUUGGAAUAGGUGGUUUUGGCCGCUUCUGAUGCUAACCCGAAGACUGGAUUGUAUUAUAAACCAGCACCCUGCGGCUUUAGCUUAUAAAAGAAAACAUAUUUUAGGUAAUAUGCAAAGCUUUGUGGAGGACCACUGGACAUAUACCACAGUGUCUCCAGUAGUUGAUUUCUUUUAAUAUUUGAAUGAGUUAGUUGUUUCUAAAUUCUGAAUUGAUUCAUCAAAUGAAGAUACUCAGAAUUGUCAAAACUUUUUAUAUUGCAAUUUGGUAGACUUUAUAAGUGUCUCUAACUACUUACAAGUACAUAAAAAGCAAUUUUACAGGGAUAAGUAUAUCCCUUGCGAAUGUUAUCUAAAACAGGAGUUAAUAUGGUCCUGUUGAGAUUUCUAGUGUAUAAAAGUAGAAUGUAUAAAAGGGGGAAAGGUGCCUGAAGCAGCUUACUGAAGCUUUAAAAGACUGUUGGCCUCGUGUUUUAAUGCAAUUCAUGUAUUGGUGUUUGUCACAUUAGAUAAUUUUUUUUAAAUGAUGCAGGGUAUGCCUUUUUAAUUGCUAAUUUAGCUUAAAAUUCAAGAAGUAUCUUGAAAACUUGAGAGUUUAGUUCUUUUGCUUUUUUACAUAUAAAUUUUUCUGGAGGGAUUUUAUUGCCUCAACUGUUUAGCUCAAAGCACUUCUUAACAAACAAGUCUUCCUCUAAAGUGUCAGUGGUAUGCUUUGGUUUCCUGAAAAUGUUUCCAUAGAUGACAUGAGCUAUGAGCUCUUAGAUAGUUCACAUUUCUGCAAGAUAGUACUUUGUUCAUCUGGGAUCCUUGACUUUCAGUUUUAAAUAAUUUAUUUGGUUUGUUUCACUUCCAAAAUAUGCAUACAAAGUUUUAAAAUCCUUGCCUUAUACAGCUCUCUUAUACAGAGUACUGCUACCUAGUGUCAGCUAUGUAGCCAUUUGCUUGAUGGAUUGAUCCUCAAGGCACAUGCUCUCAAAACUUAGCUUCACUAUAGAAUCUUCCAGGUAAAGUUUUCUACCUCUAAUUCUUCUAAAGAUCAGGGAUGCUAAGUUAUAAUUUGUUGUGUAUUCUGUCGCACGAUGCAAAGAGGCAGACUGUUGUGAAGUUUUGUUAUCUUGAUCUCAUUUAUUAAACAUCUCAGACAACCCUUGGUGUACUUUAAAGCACUUAUAUCUUACCAUGAUUCUUCUUAGCAAAUGCUUUAAAAUCCUUAGCCUUUUACAUGGUAAUGGUGACCAUGUCAAGUUAAGGAAUGUUAAAAUGAACAAUUUAGAAAGUUCCUUUAAGGACAAUUGAACAAUUCACAAAGUACGCUUCAGUCAUCAGAUGACAUUCUUUCUGAGUUGAGACAGGGUCUCCUAUGUGUUCUUUGCUGGCCUAGAGUUUGCUAUAUAGACCCAGUUCCUCCAACUCAAAGUGAUCCUUCUGCCUCUGCCUUUUGAGUGUUGAGAUUACAAGCAGGGCCACCAUACCUGGCCGGAUGACUUUUCUUGAGUACCCUUUGUGCACAUAGCCAGUCAGGCAAUGGCAUUAUUAUAGUCAUACAAAUUGAAAUCUUUUUCUUUUUUUAACUGAGCCUUAAAGAUAGUACUAGUGAUCUCAGGAUGCCAAGCAUUUUGCAUUCACGACAUGUAAAUGACUGUCACAAAAGUCUCUUUGUAUCUGUCAUCUGGCUUAGAUUUUUUUUAAAGUUUUUUAUUUCCUCUAUAAAAUAUUUAAUUUAUAGCUGUACAUUAAAAAUGUAACACUGGGAUAUUCAUCGUGUUUAUAAAGCUUGCCUUCCUUUACCACUUGAGCAUCCAAAUUUAAUAUCUCUAAAAUUUUGGAUCCAGAAGUUUGUUCAUACAACAAGUAUUUAUUGAAUAACUUACGUGUCAGGCAUGUUCUAUUUUUUGACAAUAAUUCCUGUCAAUUUAAAAUUGAGUCUAUACAAUGUACAGAGGAAUCGUUUAGUAAAUGUAAAGAAGUAGAAUGAGCACUGGUUUUCUUAAAACUCAAAUCUUUAUUCUAAGUGUUAUUUAUAUCUUGUUUAGAAUUUAUUUAUAUUUAGGGGAUUGUUUCUUUUUCUAUUUUAUCUUUUACUUGGUUUGUUGUGUUGCCAGGUAGAUACUUGAUAGUAAAAUGGCUUUCAAAAAGACAUUUUCAUCAUUUGCUGAUGAGAACUGGUUUGAGAGUAGUGUUUUUGUUGUGAAACAUUCCAGGUGAAGCAUUAUAUGCAAAUUGUUUAAUUAUUGAUUUCUGUUCAUUCCAAAUACAAGCUGUUAAGCCUCAUAGAAAAGUUUUAAAAGUUUUGGUUUAUAUUCCUCCUGUAUUUAUUAAGCUCUUGAAAUGAUUGUGAUGAAACUCAUUUUUAGAACUUUGAAAAAUCUGUGAAUUUAGUUGCAGCAAAGCUAAAAGAAACUUUGUCCUAAUGAAACCCUUUCUGUUCAGUUUUUGCCUGUCCUCCAAGAAUUUUUUAAUUAAAAUGAGACAAUUUACAUUAGUGGUAGAAUAAAAAUUAUGCUUUGCCCCUACUUCCCCAGUGUCCUCCCCACUCUUUUUUGGAUUAACGAUUCUGCAUGGUUUUAUAAAGAUAUCCUAGUCACAGCAGUAAUCCAAAUUAAUGUCCCUGGGAAUUCCGUGAUAUGACACCACAUCUUUUGCUAGUGAUUCAUGGUUGAUUUCUUAAAGCUCUCCAUGAAUAUGAAGUGAUCAUAAUCAAGUGGUUACUGGCCAACCUAACCUUGUUGUUAGGAACUAAUACCAUUAAUGCCAUUGAAUACCCAUUGAGUUCAAGUCCCAGAAAAGUCAGAAUCCCAAAUUAACAUUAUCCCUACCCAUGUGUGCCCCUAACUGCUCCUGCCUAACUUUGCCUAGCUUCCUUCAAGCUACCCUAGUUGAAUUUUCUGUCUUUGUGGAAAAAAUUACAAAAGGAUGUAUGUGAAAUUAAGCAACAAUGAUACAGACACACACAUGUUAUAUAUUAAAAAAAUCAGGUGACCUUAAAUUUACAUAUAUUAAAAAUUACAUUUUUCUUGUAUUGAAACAUCAUUUGCAGCACUUUAAAAAUUAGGGAAUAAAAGUUUACAUAGCUCUCUAGAAGAUCUUGAGGGCAAUAAAGUCCAACCCUGAGCUGCUAGCCAGCAGCUCUCAUAAGCUGUUGCCUUCAGUAUUUGCUGUGUCUUAGGAUACAGUCUAAUUUCACUCACUGUUAGGAGCGUGAGCUCUGCCCUAAUAUAAGCAAUGUUACUUCUGUAAUGUGAUUGUUGAAGAGUACAUUCAUCAAACCUUUGAUUGAUUUUAAGCAAGCUUAUUUUGGAGAGACUGAUUUUUGAGUAAGAUAUGCAAGCAGUAUUUGCAAACCUAAGGAAACACUUUAUUGAAUAAGCUAGUUUGUUACUCACAGUGCUAAGCAUCCAACCCCGGCUUUUUGCUGCUAGGGUAAGCGCUUGCUUAUUGAUCGGCAUUCCAGCCCCAGGAUGUUUUCUUAAUACCUAUUGUAAUGUGUCGGCACAUCCAACUCAAGGAAUAUAAGAUUGCCCUGGUUAUGGGAAAGGUUUGGUAUUUUGUUGCUGUUGUUUUGUUUUUUCAAAAAUUAGCAUUUUGUUUACAGUGCUUUGACUAUUUUAUUUGAAAAAGUAUUAUGUUUACUGAAUUAUGGGGUGUUUGUGUCUAGAUGCAUUUGAUUUAAGGGAGGGUGUUGGCCUUCCCAUGGCAUUUUAAAGUGAAAAGGACAAUUGCUCCUGAAAAGGAAAUGUAUGCAGCGUGAAUGUGAGCAUCUUCCGUACUACCCCUUGUCGCUUUCCUUUGAAACACUGGAACCUGUGUAUAGGAGUUUAAGUAUAGUGAAUGGGUGAUUUGGUUACCUUAUAGGUAAGGAGGCUGAGCAUCUCUACCAAGAUGACGACGUGGCAUGGCUCCAGAACGCGAGUAGAGUGUAACCCAUCAAUUAUUAAAAGACAGGGGCUGCCUGACAUUUGUGCCAUGCAAGGUGCCACAGGAAAUGCAUUUGUACCAAAUUAUUUGUUUUCUUUAAGAAUGCCUAGUAAGUACAUAGAGCUUGUCAAAGGGAUAAGAAUGAAAAAUAGUCUUAUCGAGGCAGAGUUCCUUAAAUAAGAAAAUCACCAGGAAAGCCUGAAACACAGGGCUCAGAACAUAAUUUCAAAGGAAUAAAAGGGGCCAAACAGAGUUGUUUUCUUGGCAUAUGAAAGUGUGUUGUUAGUGUUGUUUUCAAAAUGUUUCCUUGUCAUUUGCCAGCAAGUUUCCAAGGUCGAUGCACUGCUGCUCUCUGGGAGAUGUCUAACUUCAUUUUAUACAACUCAUGAUUUUGCCUUUGUUAUUAAGAUGCAUUCAUUUUAUUUAUGAUAUGUGAUUUUUCAAUAUCUAAAUGUAUGAAGUGACUUGUUUUAAAGGAAUAAAUGAAGUGAAAACAU